GUGUAUAUGUUACACGGCAUGGAGCAAAAAGUGCGGGCGCCCUUUCUCUCUAAACAGUAUGAAUCUCUGAGGUCGUUCCUCGUGUCGUAGGCGCAGGCUGUGUGCCUUGAUUCUAACCUACACAAAAAGGUUCCCAGGGCCCUGGCGUCCAGUCUGACUUCAUCCCUUGGGCGCACUGAAACCCUCACGCACUUUGCGAUUGCGACAAGGCAACCGAUCCCAAGAUAUGGCGGCGAGAAUAUCCAUGCUCCUCGUGGGCCUCUCCCUCCUGAGCGCCGCUCACUCGAGCUCAGCACUCGACAAGCGCGUGGCAGCUCUGAACGACUCACUCCACGGCAUCCUCCAGCCAGCCCGCCCCGUGUCCCUGCCCUGCUUCUCCUCCUACAACGGCCGACCCAACACGGCCGACGCAGCGGCAUGCGCAGUCGUCCGUGGCAACUACACGACGAACGCGUUCCGCGCCGCGCUCCCCGCGGCCUUCAUGAACAUGCAGAACGAGAUGUGCCUCUCGGACCCCACGGACCAGUGCCUGCUAGACACCACGGUCUCGCCUCCGGGCGUGCCCACCGGGGCCGGAAGCGCCGCAUGCGGGCAGGGCAGCGUGCCGGACUACUACGCCGAGGUGGCGUGCGCGCGGGACGUGGUCGACGUCUUCGGGUGGGCGGGCGCGUACGGGUUCCCGCUGAGCAUCAAGGGCAGCGGGCACGACUACAUGACGCGGUCGGGCGUCAAAGCGCUGCCGGGGUUCUCCGGCGUCGAGCUCUGGGUCCGCGGCCUCAGGGGCCUGGAGUUCCACGAGGGGUUUGUGCCGGAGGGUUGCGAAGCCGGCGUCGGGCGCGCCGUCACGGUCGCGGCCGGCGAGAGCACGGGCGAUGCGUACGUGUUUGCGGAUGCGCACGAUGCGACCAUCCUCGGGGGUUAUUCGCCCACGAUUGCGCUGUCGGGCGGUUGGGUGCAGGGAGGUGGUCACUCUCCGCUGUCGCCGGUAUAUGGGCUGGGUGCGGAUCGUGUGGCGGAGUUCAAGAUAGUGACGCCCGACGGGGUGCUGAGGACGGCGAACGCGUGUCAAAAUGGCGAUCUGUUCUGGGCGCUGCGCGGAGGAGGAGGCGGCACUUUUGGGGUCGUUCUGGAGGCGACACAUAGAGUCGAGCCGAAGAUGCCCAUCGCGGUCGCGUCAAUAACGAUCCCUAGUAACAGCUCCGACGAAACCGUACGAGAGUGGAUCAGGCGCCAGGCGCUGGACUCUUACGAUUGGGGCCGGCAGGGCUGGGGCGGUCACGUAGCCGGUCUGUAUGUCAAGCACUUCAACCCGCUACCGCAGUAUGCCAACCUCAGCGAUGGCGGAGCUGCAGCACAGGCGACGAUGCAGAAGGCCACAGAUUUCGCUUUGGCACAUGGUGGCACGAGCGUCGUCGAAGUGGUGCCGAACUGGCUGACCGCCUGGAAUAAAUAUGUCGUUCCUACCGCUCUUACCAGCGCCGGCCAAGCCCGGUUCAUUAGCAGCCGUCUGGUCCCAACGAGCGCGCUGUCGACAGAAGCGGGAGUCGAAGAAGUCUUGGCCUUCAUCAAUUCCACAUUAGCGCUUGGUGCCGUGGCGAAGAACUUCUACGUCCCCGUGAGCACGCCCUUCGUGGCGGACACAGAUAUCGGCCGUCCGGCGACCGGGACAAGCGACCCGGGCACCUCUGUUCACCCCGCAUGGUAUAGCGCGAUAUGGAGUCUCUCGGCGGGCACCACACUGGGGUGGAACUCGACGUUCGAUCAGCGACUACAGGCCAUUACAAACCUAACCAAGAUCACAAGGGCCUCGGAACAGCUGUUCCCGGAUAGUGGUUCGUAUCCGAACGAGGCCAACCCGUUCACGCAAGACUGGAAGCGGGCAUGGUGGGGCGAAAAUUACGAUUUGUUGCUCCAGACGAAGAAGAAGUACGACCCAAACAACAGGCUGAGAUGCUGGAAAUGCGUGGGUUGGGAUGAACCAGUGGCGGCGCCGGUUCCCGGGCACAUUGGCUCACAAUAUGAUUUUAAAUGCCAGUCGGGAUUGCAAGUCGAGCUUGACAAAGGGCUUGCCUAGAUUUGGGAGUUGUCCAGUAGAAGGGUAAAGUUCAAACUAGUCUAAUCUAGGAUGGGA